AUGAACAAGAAAAUUUUAGGCCCUAAUAGCUUGGGCCAUAACUUGAACCAUGGUUCAAACUGUGGUUUUAGUAGUCAUGAAUCAAGCAACAUUUCCAGAGCAUUAACUAAUACAAUUGGCAGAUUGAUACAAGCCAAUAGUUUUAAAGCUACCCCUGCAAUACAUGAUAGAUUGUUGGCGUACGGUACGUUUUUUACAAUUAAUCAAAUGUUUAAUGACUUCAUCAUUAGUAGAUCACCACGAUUUUGA